AUGGGCACUGAUAGGCAGCACUGAUGGGCACUGAUAGGAGGCACUGAUGGGCAGCACUGAUGGGCACUGAUGGGAAACUGUGUACAGAGCAGGGGCGGACUGACAACUCAUGGGGCCCCCGGGCAAUAGGGGAUCAUGGGGCCCCUGUGUCCUUGCCCUAACUCAAAAAAAGCCUAUGAAAAAGGUACCAGAGGCAUCUCAUGGGGCCCCCUACUGACCCUGGGCCCUCGGGCAGUGCCUGAGUUUCCAAAUGGUCAGUCCGCCCCU